GAAAUCUGAAGACUUUUAUAGCAAAUCCGCCAGUGUCAAAAUGAACACAGAUAGCGGUGGGUGUGCUCGCAAACGUGCUGCAAUGUCUGUCACAUUAACAGCUAUGAAGAGGGUUCAGAGUUCUCCAAACCUAUUGGCCUCAGGGUCUGAUUCUCAGUCUCCAGAUUCAGCCUGGAGAUCUUACCAUAAUGGAAGUAGAGAGACACUGAAUGGAGACAUUAGCAGUUCAUCUCUCACAGCAAAAGGUUUUAGAAGUGUGCGGCCCAACCUACAGGAUAAAAAAUCACCAACUCAGGCACCUCUGCCACCCCCUAGAAAAGAAAGUUUUCAAAGAGCAAGUGUAACUAAUCACAAGAACGAAAUUAAUCUCCAGGCAGUAACAACUGAGCCAGAUAAACACCUUCCCACAGAUACUGGCUAUUACACUAAUGAGAAGUCUGUCCAGAAGAUAAUGUCUUCUCAAAUAUCUAACACAAGUGUGUCCUAUGCACAAAAAGUCACUAAACCACUGACCGCAAUCUCCAGUGCAGGCACAAGCACAGUAGCUGGUAUUAGUGCUACUCUCCACCAAGGCCAAAGACAACAGACUCAAAAGCGGAGGGUAUCUACCCUUAAAUUAACCCGGACACAAAGCUCAGUGAGUAGCAUUCAUUGUAAUACACAGCAACAGCUCAAGCCUGUUGAAGUGCCAAUAUUUUCACAAAGGCCUGUCUCACCUGCCUGUAACCCCAUGCCUGAGAUACACACAGCGUCUCUUUCCAUUCAGAUAGCUCCCAUCCCUGACAAUAAAGCAGAGCCUGAAAUCCAAGAACAUCCACCUAGUAUUUCUCCAGACACUUCAAAGAUGUCUUCAAAGGAUUUGGGACAAAAGUCUACAGUUCUUCCUUCUUCACAGGCUGCAGAAUGCCAUGUGCUUGGAAACCAGAAAGUAACUGCCCCUGUGAUGGAGGCUCCGAUCACAGUGAAUGGGAACUCUGGCACUGCUGCCAGCCCAGUGAGUCACUUUCAAAGGCCUUUUUCCCCUUCUUCAGCUUACCCUCCACCAGCUUCUCUCAAUUCCAACAUUGUUAUCAUGCAGCAUGGCAGGAUGAUGGAGUCCACAGAGACAUACUCACAGCAUGUUCAGAGUGUUGGCAGCAGCAGCACCACCAGUACAAUACCAAUCUGUAGAUCCUCGGAAGAAGAAAAAAAAAUUACAGUCAUUAAAGCUCCACAUUAUGCAGGGAUUGGCCCGGUAGAUGAAUCUGGAAUCCCUACAGCAAUUAGAACGACAGUUGACAGGCCAAAGGAUUGGUACAAGACAAUGUUCAAGCAAAUCCAUAUGGUUCAUAAACCUGGUAGCUAUAGUCCAUCCUUCUCUGCUCAGGCACACCCAGCUGCAAAGACACAGACAUACAGACCAUUGUCUAAAAGCGCUUCUGACAGUAGCUCCGAUGCCUUUAAGGUCUCAUCUCCUUUACCACCUCCACAUGUGCCACCUCCAGUACCACCACAUCGUCUGCGGGAAAGGAUUACACCAGAAAAAAAUGACUGGGAUCCUCCUGACAGAAAGGUAGAUACCCGCAAAUUCCGUUCUGAACCAAGAAGCAUUUUUGAGUAUGAGCCGGGAAAGUCAUCAAUCCUUGAACAUGAAAGACCGCCCGAUCACGUAAACCCAGAUGACAUAGAUUUAGAAAACGAACCCUGGUAUAAAUUCUUUUCAGAACUGGAGUUUGGACAGCCGCCACCUAAAAAGCUUUUGGAGUAUGUUCAAGACAGUUCUUCUGGUGUUUCCAAUGAGACUUCCUUAUAUCAUCACUCUUCAACAGACAGAGGUCUGGACAGGCCUUCUAGUUCUGCAAGUACUGCGAGUGACUACAGGAAAAGAAGGAAGUCAGAACCUGCUGUAAGUCAUCAGAGGGCACACAGUGACCAGAACGCAAACAGGCCUAAUGUGGGCCGUACAGAUAUGCAAGGCCCAUAUACCACCCUUAGAAAGCCUUUAACUAGCUCGUCUCCUUCUUCUCCAUCGAGAGCAAAAGGUGGGGAUAUUAGCAAAGUUUAUCCAUCCCUCCUCAGUUAUUCAGUGCACAACCACAACACCUCAAAUGAAUUAGAUUACUGUAGCACUUACAGACAACAUCUAGCUGUUCCAAAUGAUUCGAGAAGGGCAAUCAGCUACAAGAAUGGCUGGCAAAUGACUCGUCAAAAUGCAGAAGUGUGGAGCAGCACAGAAGAAAAUACUUCUCCAAAGAGAAAAUCUCGUAGCUGCGAUGAUCUUUUAACAGAUGAUCGCGAUAGCUUUCCUGAUGCGCAGGCCAAGUCCGAAAGCAUGGGCUCUCUUUUAUGUGAGGAGGACUCCAAAGAUGUUUGCUCAAUGAACUGGGCCUCCCCGUAUGUUCCCGAGGGCCGUGGCGGUGGUAGGGCAAGAGUUCGUCACAGAUCUGCACAUGAUGCCCCAGGUUUCCUAAAAAUGUACAAAAAGAUGCACCGCAUCAAUCGCAAGGACUUAAUGAAUUCCGAGGUGAUUUGUUCUGUGAAGUCCAGAAUAUUGCAGUAUGAAAAAGAACAGCAUAAAGGUAUUCUUCAAGGAUGGAGAGAGUCUUCUACUGAAGAGGUGCCCAGGGACAUGGUGCCAACCAGAAUAUCAGAAUUUGAAAAACUAAUUCAGAAGUCAAAAUCAAUGCCAAAUCUAGGUGAUGAAAUGUUGUCAACCAUUACACUACAGCCUCCUAAAAAUGGUUUAUGUACAAAGCGGCGAUUUUCCAUCGAGUCUCUGCUGGAGGAAGAAAAUCAAGGCAGACAUCCCUCUCAGGUACAACGGAGCUACAAGUCUAAAACCCUGGUGCCAAUUCAUAUCGAAGUGACCAGUGAUGAGCCACAACGGUCACAUAUGGAUUUUUCAGACAGUGAUCAAGACGGAGUGGUUUCUGACCUCAGUGACUUUAUCCAGAUAGAAGGUUCCUCCUUUUGUAGUGAAAGUGACUUUGAUCACUUCUCGUUCACAUCGUCUGAAAGCUUUUAUGGAUCAGGCCAUCACCAUCACCACCACCACCACCACCACCGGCAUCUCAUCAGCUCCUGCAAAGGCAGAUGCCCGGCAUCCUACACCCGCUUCACCACCAUGCUGAAACAUGAAAGGGCUAAACAAGAAACCACUGAGGAUCCAAGGAGACAGGAAUCAGAAUCUGGUCUCUCCAAGAUAGCAUUCCUAGUCAGUCCAGUGCCUUUCCGGAGGAAAAAAAGUGCAGCCCCUAAAAAACAAACUGAAAAGAAAAAAUGCAAAUCAUCUGUAUUUGAAGCACUAGAUUCUGCACUUAAAGACAUCUGUGACCAAAUUAAAGCUGAAAAAAGGAGGGGAAGCUUGCCUGACAACAGUAUAUUACACAGACUUAUUACUGAGCUGCUUCCAGACAUUCCAGAAAGGAAUUCAUCUCUGACGGCUCUGAAAAAGCGUCCCAUGCACCAGCCUUUUCAUCCACUGCCUCAAGAUGGUGCUGCUCAUUGCCCACUGUACCAGAACGAUUGUGGAAGAUUACCUCUUAGUGCCUCUUUACAAGACAUGGACACAGCUAACAACAACCACCAAGACAAUGAUAGUGCACUGUGUUUCCAAGUAGACCAGGAAUCUCCUGGAAACUAUUCUUCUGCUUUCACUGAUGUGGGACGAUGUACUCCAAGGGAAAGAAGAGGAACUACAGACAAAGAGAAACUGCCAGCUAGAGCUGUAUAUGACUUUAAAGCUCAGACUUCUAAAGAGCUGUCCUUUAAGAAAGGAGAUACUGUCUAUAUCCUCAGGAAAAUUGAUCAGAACUGGUAUGAGGGUGAACACCAUGGAAGAGUUGGAAUAUUCCCAAUUUCUUAUGUUGAGAAACUUUCUCCCCCAGAAAAAGCACAGCCUGCCAGGCCACCUCCCCCUGCACAGAUUGGAGAGAUUGGAGAAGCUAUUGCCAAAUAUAAUUUCAGUGCAGACACAAAUGUGGAGUUAUCACUUAGAAAGGGAGACAAAGUAAUUCUUCUUAAGCGAGUUGAUCAAAAUUGGUAUGAAGGUAAAAUACCAGGAACCAACAGACAAGGCAUCUUCCCCGUUUCCUAUGUAGAAGUCAUCAAAAAGAAUGCCUCAAAAAGUGUUGAUGACUACCCCGACCCUCCUAUACCCCAAAGCUAUUCUAGUGACAGAAUACACCAUUUAAGUUCAACUAAGGCUAAUUUAAAGAGAGAGCUAUUUGUUAUGGGUAAACCUCCUCGUAGCCCUGUGAUGACUAAGAGAUCCUGCAGCUCGCCUGUCAGAGGUCCCAGCUAUUCACACAGGCCACAGCGCCCUGUGCUUGCUCAUGAAAACAUACACACUGGGGGGGAACCGUUUCAGGCUCUGUAUAACUAUACUCCUAGGAACGAAGAUGAAUUGGAGCUCAGAGAGGGAGAUGUCAUUGAUGUGAUGGAAAAAUGUGAUGAUGGAUGGUUUGUGGGAACCUCAAGAAGAACAAAAUUCUUUGGUACUUUCCCUGGAAACUAUGUCAAGAGGCUGUGAUUUUUUUUCCUGCUUAUUUAUGCUGCAUCUCUGCAACACAUCUGCAUAAAGCUGCUAGAAAACAUGCUACACUGGCCUUCUGUUUUCUUGCUUGCAGUCUCAAAUAGAGGCCACCCAGCUCAUCCUCAUCCCAUCCCAUCCGCCAAACCGUUCCAGCAGUAUUACAGCAACGACUGCAGUCUGAAUAACUAAGCUUUUCUGAAGCAAGAGGAAUCGGUUCAACAUUUAAGUACUCCCUGCUUUAAAAAGUCUUUUCAUUUGAAACGCAAUAGAAAAAGCCUGAUGGCGGGUACACAGACGAAUUGCCAUGGGAGGGGUGCAGGGAGAGGGAGAAACUCAUUUGAGACAUUUGUGGUAUGAAGCGCCAUGGAAAAUAAGAAUUUUCAGCAUGCACGUACAACAGAGGGGAAGUUGCUGUUUACAACUUUUUUAAAAAAAGUUUUGAGUUUCCACGUUCUUGUUAGCUUGGCAGCAUUUGUUGCUUUCACUUUGCUGUAUCACAGGUUUGCCUAUUGUACUGGUUUACAAUGACAAAUUAUAAUACAGAUUUUUUGCCUGCACUUGUAUGUUGUAACAUAUGCACAGUGACUGUAAAAUCUCAAGCAAGUGUAGUAAAAAACGGAAGAACUAGAAGUGUUCUGAAGGUGCAAUGGUAUUGGAUAAACCCUUUUUUACCCUAUUAAAGCUAUAGUGUUUUCUGUUAAAAGGUAAGAAGUGCAAGAUAUGUAAAGCCCUGGGAAACAGGAUUUUAUGAACAGACAGACAAUGAUCUAAGCAUAGACAAUAAUAACCUGCUAAUGAUGUCGGACAUUAAAUGGUUGUAAUCAAAGUGUCGUAGUAGUCAGCAACAUGAAAUUUGAGAGGUGUUUUUAUGUAUCACAGGAAUUUUAAGAAGCAGAGAGUAAACAGUGUUAGUGCAAAGGAUUUUUUUUCCUCUAACAUAGCCACCAAAAAUAUUCACAAGUAUCAUGUACUGAUUUAUUUCACUAUAUAUAUAUAUAUAUAAAUAUCUAUGUUAACAAAACCUGAGUUACACAUUCUUUUUUAGGGAUUUAGUACAGAAAAAAAAUCACAACUAUUAAAACUGAUACAUUUUAGGGUUUUGUUUUGUUUUUUUCCUGAAUGAAAUAAGUAUUUGAAAACACACAUUUUCCAUAAGCAAAGGUAAGCAUAAAUAGCGUAUGAAAUUAAGUCACAGGAUGAUAAUGACUAUGGCUUUAUAAAAAAUAAUAAUAAAAUAAAUCAGAUUUGGUUUCUUCAGCACCUUAUAGAUGGCAAAAGCUUCUACUGCGUUUCUCAUGGGUAUAGGAUUGAAAUUAUCAACAUGUAUGUAGUCUCUGUAGCAUUUUGUACAUAUGUUUGCCUUUUUGUACAGAGCCAUUUGGUUGUUGAUUUAAAAAGAAAAAAAUUAAGUUCCUUGUUUGAUUUUUGCCCUCUUCACAUACAGAAGAUUUCAAUGCAUUUUUCUUUUCUUGCUCUAUUUACCAUAAGCACAUCUGGAUAGUGCAAUUCUGUAAGAUAGCAUUUUAUGCAAAACUUUCCUAAUUAAAGUAUGGUUUACCAGCCAAAUCUAAAUGUACAUAUGUCUUUAUUACUGAGAAAUGACAUUAAGACAAAGGUAAAGAAACAUCUUUGUGCAGCAUACCUUUAUUAUUGCAGAUUUCAUGGCAAAAGCUUUAUAUUUCAAAGGCUUUCAAUUUUAAACUAGACCUGCAUGCAGCUUUGCUGUGAGAUUAAUACCUAUCUUUGAUGCCAUUUAUGAUUGAAGACUUAAACAUCUGUUGCCUGUGAUAUUUAAAAAGUACUGUUUCUACUCUGUAUCUGAUUUUAGAAAAAUACAGGUUUUUCAUACCUGGCUUUCAGGUAACUGACUUUGAAUUCCUACAAGCAAAAGGUCUCUGUGUUUGUUUUGUUUUGUUUGUUUGUUUGUUUUUUCUUGAAUAGACUUCUAAUAAAUUUUGCUUGGAGUAAAAA